GGGGAGUUGGAUCGCAGGGGACAGCAGAAGCGAAGCCCAGCCCGUGGAUCACCUGGCGGCUCGCAGGCUGUCUGAAUGCAGCCCUAACCUACACGCUCGCGCACUUCCCCCUGCUUCAGCCAGUCAGACUUUGCUGGCUGCCUGCCCGGGACCAGUCCUGCCAAAGGCUUCUUUCCAUGACCCCCUCAUGUAAUCAUCACCGCAAUUUUUUCAUUUUGUAUUAAUCCAAUGUGGAUACCGAUGCACAGAAAGGUGAAGAAAAUGCACAGAAGUGUUCAGCCGCGACAGGGUCUCCCUGUCCUCGCCUGUACCUGCGACACCCGCCUUCCCUCUCCCUGCGUUGCAGAGUGUCCCCCACCCACCGUCCUGUGCGCAGACCCAAGCCCAGUCCCAUCCCCGCGGCCUCAUCCCAAAUCCCGAGUGGACGUGGUUAUAGCCUGGGCUAGGUUUGUUUGUUUGGUUGGUUGGUUUUUCUUUCUUUUCUUUUUUUUCUUCGUGACAGAGUCUCGCUCUGCCGCCCAGGCUGGAGUGCAGCGGCGCGAUCUGGGUUCGCUGCAACCUCUGCCUCGCGAAUUCAAACGAUUCUCUUGCUUCAGCCUCCCAAGUAGCUGGGACCACAGCCUCUUCUCACCCUAGGAGCUGUACCCAAAGCUCUGAAUGAGACUGUCCCUGCCCCGCCCCAUCCACUCCUGGUCCAGCUCAGCAGUGACCUUGGAACUCCAGGAGCAGCUCAGUACCCCUGUCUCCGAGUCAGCUCUGCUCCAGGCAGGGCCAGAAUCUGGAGUGUGCAGGAGGCCGGAUGGCAGGGGCAUUGCCCCAGGACUGAGCCGUAUUCUGAGGGUUCCCAGAGACCUGACCUCCUACUUGUAUACAGUCUCUUCAGUCAACAUCUGCCUUAAAGGCUGUGACCCAGGCACCUUCCCUGGGAAUUAACUCCAGUAUUGUCCUCUGGGUCGUCACAGUCCUUGGCAGCCUCUCCUUCCUGGGGUUACACCCAGUUCCUCUGCUCUUCUCCAGUGGAUGGAAUCUCCUUCUCCUUGACACACAGCAUCUGGAGCCACCAAUCUGCUGCCCCACUCAAAUGUGAGGACCGCACAUGCCUGAGCUCCUGCUGUCUGCACACCACGCACCGUGGGGGUUCCUUAUGACCAGAGACACAGUCUGAAACAGACCUGAAUUUGCUAAACCCUCUAGAGCUCAACAGGACCUAAGCCUUGAUAUGGUUCUGUGUGCUCCUCCCAGGGCGCCCGCUGUCCCCGAGCUCCGGGCCUGAGUGCUGGCUGGCGGAGACCGCACAGUGGGUGCCCCGCUGCCGGACGAUGCCCCUGGGCUUCCAGAUCCAGAGCCUCGGGACGAAACUGUUUUAGGAAGACCCGGAAGGACUCGCCGGUCGCGGCAAGGGACAGGCGGUUCCUGAGACAGGAGGAGCCAGGAAAUGCGGGGCCUGGUGGGGUGAGGAGCACGGGGUUCCUCCUUCAUCCUCGCGGGGACUUUGCCACCGGCUCAGUGUGGAGGCCUCACCGUCCCGCCCGGAUCCGUGGGGCUCCGACAGUGUGGCCCCUGCGAGGACACCCCUAUCCUCCUUGCCCUGGGGCUGCUGCGGGAGGGCGCCCGGGCCGCACUAGGUCCUGAGUGUCCAGGGUCCGGCAGGGGCUUCCCGUUGUCGCCUCCCUGACCCCGCCGCUUGCGGUCCAGGGCUGCUGGUUUCUUCGCUGGGCUGGGAGGCCCUAGCAUGGACGUCGUGAGGCGGAGAAAACCUUGGCAUAGGUGGAAAAGAAGGAUUGGAGGGAGGGCGGCAGAAAGAGAGAGGAAGGAAACAGGGCCGGAGAACAAUGAGAAACCCCCACCACGAAAAUGGGGAGAGGGGGACACGCACAGCCCCCACACUCCACCGACUCUCCGUCUCCUGCUCUCUGCCCAGUAAGGAACACAGGCCCCACCCCCUCCACCCUCAACUGUGUUUGGGAUCAGCCAUUUCAGCGGGGUGAGGCGUCCCCUUGCGGGUGCGAUUGGCAUUUCCCCGAGGGUUGUGAACACUGAACACCUUUUCCUGGGCUCACUGCCAUUUGCAUUCUUCUUCUGAUGCCAGCGGGAAAGGGGAGGUCCCCAAACGCCGGUGGGACCUCGACUCCAGCCAGUGUCCAGACUCUUGAUAUUGCCGGGGAAAUGAAUUCAAGGACCAGUAGGAAAUAGAGAAAGGAGGGAGAUUUAUUGUAAAAGGCAAAGUACACAGUCAAGUAAAGGGAGUGCAGGGGAACUCAAGAGAGAAGCAGGUGCAAGUUUGGGGCUGCCACCUUUCUGGGUUUCUUUAACCAAGGAGUGGAAUAUUCAUGAAAAUUCCUGGAAGAAGGUAGAGAUUUCUCAGAACUGUGGUGCCCCGCAGUUUUACACUAAAUAUAAGUGUUCUCAGAACUGCUCAGGAGCUGGCUGGUGUGUGUUUAGUAUGUUAAUCAGCAUGUAAUGAGGUCCUAGGUGAAACCUAGGUCAAAUGCAGGGCCUUGUUGGGUCCAGUCAUUCUUAGCCAGCUUGGUCCACAUGCUGUUUUUCAGCAUCUUAUCAGCCCAGAGCCUCUGCACAUAUUUCAACAGAUUUCUUGUGCUAGUCACCUGAAACUGCUGCCUGAAAUUUUCUGCUUUUGCGACCACCGUGUAGUAUACCUGUCUUACUUUGGAGAAAUGUCUAUUCAAAUUCCUUGCAUAUAUUUAAAUUGGGUUAUUUCACUUUAUAAUGUUGAGUUGCAACAUUAUAUAUUAUAUAUAAUAUAUAAUUGCAAUUAUAUUUUGUUGCAAUAUUAUAUAUUCAGAAUACCAGUCCCUUACCUGAUAUAUGAUUUUUAUUUUAUUUUUUAAAUUUUAUUUAUUUAUUUAUUUUUUAAUUUUUAAAUAAUUUUUUAAAAUUAUACUUUAAGUUCUAGGGUACAUGUGCACAACGUGCAGGUUUGUUACAUAGGUAUACAUGUGCCAUGUUCGGUUGUGCACCCAUCAACUCGUCAUUUACAUUAGGUAUUUCUCCUAAUGCUAUCGCUCCCCCAGCCCCUCACCUCCCAAUAGGGCCCAGUGUGUGAUGUUCCCCGCCCUGUGUCCAUGUGUUCUCAUUGUUCAACUCCCACCUAUGAGUGAGAACAUGUGGUGUUUGGUUUUCUGUCCUCGUGAUAGUUUGCUUAGAAUGAUCAUUUCCAGCUUAAUCCAUGUCCCUGCAAAGGACAUGAACUCAUCCUUUUUUAUGGCUGCAUAGUAUUCUGUGUUGUAUAUGUGCCACAUUUUCUUAAUCCAGUCUAUCACUGAUGGACAAUUCUUUGCUAUUGUGAAUAGUGCCACAAUAAACAUAUAUGUGCAUGUGUCUUUACAGUAGCAUGAUUUAUAAUCCUUUGGGUAUAUACCCAGUAAUGGGAUGGCUGGGUCAAAUGGUAUUUCUAAUUCUAGAUCCUUGAGGCAUCACCACACUGUCUUCCACAAUGGUUGAACUAAUUUACACUCCCGCCAACAGUGUGAAAGCGUUCCUCUUUCUCCACAUCCUCUCCAGCAUCUGUUGUUUCCUGACUUUUUAAUGAUUACCAUUCUAACUGGUGUGAGAUGGUAUCUCAUUGUGGUUUUCAUAUGCAUUUCUCUGAUGGCCAGUGAUGAUGAGCAUUUUUUCGUAUGUCUGUUGGCUGCAUAAAUAUCUUCUUUUGAGAAGUGUCUGUUCAUAUCCUUUGCCCACUUUUUGAUGGGGUUGUUUUUUUUUUUUCUUGUAAAUUUGUUUAAGUUCUCUGUAGAUUGUGGAUGUUAGCCCUUUGUCAGAUGGGUAGAUUGCAAAGAUUUUCUCCCAUUCUGUAGGUUGCCUGUUCACUCUGAUGAUAGUUUCUUUUGCUGUGCAGAAGCUCUUCAGUUUAAUCAGAUCCCAUUUGUGUACUUUGGCUUUUACUGCCAUUGCUUUUAGUGUUUUAGUCGUGAAGUCUUUGCCCAUGCCUAUGUCCUGAAUGGUAUUGCCUAGGUUUUCUUCUAGGGUUUUUAUGGUGUUAGGUCUAACAUUUAAGUCUUUAAUCCAUCUUGAGUUAAUUUUUGUAUAAGGUAUAAGGAAGGGAUCCAGUUUCAGCUUUCUACAUAUGACCAGCCAGUUUUCUCAGCACCAUUUAUUAAAUAGGGAAUCCUUUCCCCAUUGCUUGUUUUUGUCAGAUCAAAGACCAGAUGGUUGUAGUUGUGUAGUGUUAUUUCUGAGGCCUCUGUUCUGUUCCAUUGGUCUAUAUAUCUGUUUUGGUACCAGUACCAUGCUGUUUUGGUUACUGUAGCCUUGUAGUAUAGUUUGAAGUCAGGUAGAGUGAUGCCUCCAGCUUUGUUCUUUUGGCUUAGGAUUGUCUUUGCUCUGCAGGCUUUCUUUUGGUUCCAUAUGAAGUUUAAAGUAGUUUUUCCAAUUCUGUGAAGAAAGUCAGUGGUAGCUUGAUGGGGAUAGCAUUGAAUCUAUAAAUUACCUUGGGGAGUAUGGCCAUUUUCACAAUUUCCUAUCUAUGAGUAUGGAAUGUUCUUCCAUUUUUUUGUGUCCUCUUUUAUUUAGUUGAGCAGUGGUUCAUAGUUCUCCUUGAAGAGGUCCUUCACAUCCCUUGUAAGUUGGAUUCCUAGGUAUUUUAUUCUGUUUGUAGCAAUUGUGAAUGGGAGUUCACUCAUGAUUUGGCUCUCUGUUUGUCUAUUAUUGGUGUAUAGGAAUGCUUGUGAUUUUUGCACGUUUAUUUUGUAUCCUGAGACUUUGCUGAAGUUGCUUGUCAACUUUCCGCCAACAACCACACAGUCUGCUCCCACACACUCUCUACCACACAAGCCCUCCAGCACCCCCAGGGUUCUCUGCCCUUGAUCUUUCCCCUGCACUUUGCUGCAGACACUCACCUGCACCCAGGGGCUCACCAGACAUUUUUCACCCCUCUCCUCACUAUUCACUGCCACCACCCAAGUCACAUCCUUUAGUUCCCCAUCUCAGCCUGGCACUUUUACCCACACAAACCUCACUCACCUCUCCAUCCAUGAAGGGUCCUCACCACUUUCUCCAGCAACCAGGGGGACCCAGGACCCACUUACCAGGAAUCCAGAGUCUUUUUCAGACCCACAGAGGAUGAUUCUUCUGUGUAGCACUAGGUGAGCCUGACAUAAUUUAAGUGGUGGUUGGAGGCUGAGGGAACGACUGAAUGAAUGAGAGUUGUGGGAGUGAAUGGGCUCAGAAGAAAACCCCAGGUGCAGAAGGGGAGCUGCAGUGGAUGCUGUAGCCCCCAGAGGCCUGAAGGUGGCGGUACCGUGGUUGGAGACCUCCAGGCUGGGCAGAAUUUGGAAAUAUGUGUAGUCACCUGGGUGCCCACAGAGUUUUUCCAAAGAGGAGAAAUUUUGGCUUACAACAGGUAUAGAGCUCCAUCAGCAUAGAAUCUUUUAAUAAACUUGUUGAUCACAGGACAGGAAAUUGCUGUCUUCAGCCCAUUUGAUUGAGACCAGAGUGUACUUGGGACAGAAAAAUCCUAACCAGAGCCAUUGGCAAGUGAAGGAAAGAAAAGGCGUUCAAACAGGAAAAGAAAAAGUCAAACAUGUCUCUUUGCCAGUGAUGUGAUUCCAUACAUAGUAAACCCUAAAGACCCUGUCGGAAGGCUCCUGGAACUGACAUAUCAAUUCAGUAAAGUUUCAGGAUACAAAAUCAAUGUACACAAUCAAGAGCAUUCUUAUACACCAAUAACAUUCUAGCUGAGAAUGAAAGCAAGAACACAAUCGCAUUUACAAAACCAACAAAGAAAAGUAAAUGCCUAAUAGUUAAUCUAACCAAAGAGAUGAAAGAUCUUUCCAAGAAAACUACAAAACGUGGCUGAAAAAAUAUCAGAGACAACACAAAUAAGUGGAAAAAAUAUUUCAUGCUCAUGGGUUGGAAGAAUCGAUAUAGGCAAAAUGGCCAUACUUCCAAAAGCAAUUUAUAGAUGCAGCGCUAUCCCUAUCAAAAUACCAAUGUCAUUUUUCACAGAAAAAUCUAACCUAAAAAUUAUUGGGAAUUUAAAAAGAGCCCAAAUAGCCAAAACAAUCAUAAGCAAAAAGAACAAAGCCAGAGACAUCACAUUGCCUGACUUCAAACUAUAAUAUAAGGCUACAGUGAUCAAAACAGAAUGGUACUGGUACAAAAAUAGACACUUAGAUCAGUGGAACAGAAUAGAGAACUCAGAAAGAAACCUUCACACCUACAGCCAUCUAACCUUCAACAAAAUCAACAAAAAUAAGCAAUGGGGAAAGACUCCCCAUUCAACAAAUGGUACUGGGAUAUCCAUGUGCAGAAGAAUGAAACUGAACCUUUACAUUUCACCAUAUAUGUAAAAUAACUUGAUAUGGAUUAAAGAUUUAAAUGUAAGUCAUAAAACUAUAAAAAUCCUGGAAAAUAACCUAGGAAAUACCACUCUGGACAUAGGGCCUGGGGAAGAUUUCAUGAUGAAGACACCCAAAGCAAUUGCAACCAAAACUGAAAAUUGCCAAAUGGGACUUCAUUAAACUAAAGAGCUUCUGCACAGCAAAAGAAACUAGGAACACAGUCAACAGCCUAUAAAAUGGGAGAAAUGUCUGCAAACUAUGCAUCUGACAAGCGUUGAAUAUGCACAAUCUACAAGGAAAUUAAACAAUUAAACAAGCAAGAACAAAAAACCCAGUUAAAAAAUAAGCAAAGAAUGUGAACAGACACUUUUCAAAAGAAGACCUACAAGUGGCCAAGAAACAUGAAAUGAUGCUCAAUAUGAGCAAUCAUCAGAGAAAUGCAGAUCAAAACCACAGUGAGGUACCAUCCCAUACCCAUCAAAAUGGCAAUCCUUAAAAUUUCAAAAAAACCACAGAUAUUGGUGAGGCUGAGAAGAAAAGGGAACACUUAGACACUUUUGCUGGAAAGGCAAACUAGUACUAACUAGUUCAGCCACUAUGGAAAACAGUUUGGAGAUUUCUCAAAGAACCAAAAAUAGAACUACCAUUUGACCCAGCAAUUCCACUGCUGGGGAUAUACUUAAAGGAGAAUAAUUUAUUCAGUCCAAUAGACCCGUAUGUUCAUUGCAGUGCUAUUCUCACUAGCAAGGACACAGAAUCAAUCUAAGUGCCCAGGAGCAGUGGACUGAAUGAAGAAAACCUGAUACAUAUGGAUCAUGGAAAUCCAUGCAGCCAUGAAACGCAACAAAGUCAAGUUCUUUUCAGCAACAUGGUUGGAGUUGGAGGCCAUUAUCCUAGGUGACCUAACACAAGAACAGGCAACUGCACACCGCAGGUUCCCGUUUAUAAGUGGGAGCUAAACAUUAAAUACACAUGAAUGUAAAGAUGGGAACCACAGACACUGGAGAUCACUAGACAGGGGAGUGGGGAGGGGCACGUGGGCUGAAGAACCACCCACUGGGUAUGAUGCUUACUGUCUGGGAUUAUUGGGACCCCAAGCCGCAGCCUCCCACAAUUGACCCAUGUAACAAACCUGCACGUGUACUCUUUAUAAUAAAAGUUGAAAAUAAAAAUGAAUAAAUAUGAUGGCGAGGAUGUGGAGAAAUAAGAGCUCUUCUACACUGUUGGUGGGAGUGUAAAUUAGUUCAACCUUUGUGGAAGACAGUGUGGUGAUUUGUCAAGGAUCUAGAACCAGUAAUACCAUUUGACACAGCAAUCCCAUUACUGGGUGUAUACCCAAAGGAUCAUAAAUCAUUCUACUAUGAAAACACAUACACAGGUAUGUUUAUUGCAGCACUAUUUACAAUAGCAAAGACUUGGAACCAACCCGAAUGCCCAUCAAUAAUAGACCGGAUAAAGAAAACGUGGCACAUAUAUACCAGGCAAUAGUAUGCAGCCAUAAAAAAGAAUGAAUUCAGGCCGGGUGCGGUGGCUCACGCCUGUACUACCAGCACUUUGGGAGGCCAAGGCGGGCAGAUCACGAGGUCAGGAGAUCAAGACCAUCCUGGAUAACACGGCAAAACCCCGUCUCUACUAAAAAUACAAAAAAUAGACGGGUUUGGUGGCAGGCGCCUAUAGUCCCAGUUACUCGGGAGGCUGAGGCAGGAGAAUGGUGUGAACCUAGGAGGCAGAACUUGCAGUGAGCCGAGAUUGCGCCACUGCAUUCCAGCCUGGGUGACAGAGUGAGACUCCAUCUCAAAAAAAAGAAAAGAAAAAAAAAAGAAUGAGUUCAUGUCCUUUGCAGGGACAUGAAGCUGGAAACCAUCAUUCUCAGCAAACUAACACAGGAACAGAAAACCGAAUGUUCUCACUCAUAAGUGGGAGUUGACCAAUGAGAACACAUGGACACAGGGAGGAGAACAUCACACACCGGGGCCUGUCAGGGGGUGGGGGGCAAGGGGAGAGAGAGCAUUAGGACGAAUACCUAAUGCAUGUGGGGCUUAAAACCUAGGUGACGGAUUGAUAGUUGCAGUAAACCACCAUGGCAGAUGUAUAACUAUGUAAAAAACCUGCGUGUUCUGCACAUGUAUCCAAUAACUUAAAGUAAAAUUUAAAAAUAAAAAUGAAUAAACAAAUUGACAUGAGGCAAAAAAAGUGGGUUUAACUGACACAGGCAAGAGAGAACUCUGCACUAUAAACUCUAACCCUGCCCUAGAAAAAUAAACUCUAGUCAUUUAAAAUAAUUAUAAGGUGUAUGAUCAUAAUUUUAUAAAAAUUGAAGAUGAUUCUACUAAAACCCUAACAUUAAACUGUGCAUAAUGGAAUUUCAGAUGAUUUCCACCUUGUUCUUUAUUCCUUUUUUGUUCCAUUUUCAAGUGACAUUUUUUGUUUAUCCUCAGGAACUCAUUGCUCCCAGCUGUCCCCUUCUGUACCCACCCUCUCCUUUUCCAGGGUCCACCCCAGCUCUUCCUCUGACCUGAAACUAUGGCUUCCUUGGCACUGAAGGCACAGGAGGUGCAUUCAGCCUCGGGAGAGAGGAGGACAGGGGCAGGUAGUGGAGGUGGUCUCGGCUCAGACGAAUCUAACAGUGCCCAGUCUCCAUUGCAGAUGGUUGCAUUUCUCCACAUGUUAUCUACAAGCAAACCAAACUUACCACUUUCCUGAUUGGUUUCUCACUCUGCCCAACUCCUACUUGAAAAUUCAUAUUCUUCCACCUAACAUUUCUUUCUACUUCUUGUCUUCACAAUAUAUUCUGAUUUAUUGUGCCUAGGAAACACUGGUCUACACCACGUCCUAAGUUACCAUCUAAAGUGUAGUGAACAAAUGGACAGGAAAGAGGCCCCUGCCCCAAUCACUGCCUCUCAUUUAUUCACUCACAGAGUAAGUACAGCCUCAGAACCAACAGUGAGCUGUGCUGUGGAUACUUCUCUGAGGAAGACAGACAAAAUCCCUGCUCCAGUGGGGACAGCAGGUGAACGUAAUGAGCAGGUGCAUUGCAUCGGGUGUAGGAAAGUGACAGAUGAUUCAGGCGGUGGGGAGCAAGGUAAUGGAGAGGAAGAGUGGGAAGGGAGUCUCCAGGUCCUCAAUAGGCUAAACAGGAAGGACUCCCAAAAAAGUAACAUGUGUGUCCUGGCUUCAUGGAGGUGAGCAUUCCUGCAGGAGGCAGAGCCCAUGAAAUGUACUGGAGUGGUCCAGGGAAAAUCCAGAAGGUGCCUUUGUAACAUUUUCAAGACAACCCCACAAAAAAAGAAUACCCAAGAAUGUAUUCAUUAAGUAGUCAGGAGCAAACAAUAAAUAUUUAUGACCUAGCAAUUUUAUUGCCAUUUAAGAAAAUAUUUCACAUAAAUUGAAAAAGUAGUAUGUUUAUUUCUUUCUUAAAUAAGCACAAAUGUUUACUAAUGGACAUGUGUACCUACUGGGCACUGAACAACUUCUCAAACUUUGGAAGCAGAUUGGACACAGCCACCCUGAUUUCGUAUUUCAUACCUAUUUUUGCAGGGAUUCUUGGUUUUUUAUCACAGCAACUGUUGAAAUCACAGAUUGUAAAACUACAGUCAUCUAAAGCAAUGGUGCAUAGUCUGAUGUUGAAACUAUAAAAUACUUUGGAUCAGUACUUCCUGCGGUGUCCAGCAGAUGGCACCAUUAAUCUUUCAAAUAUUUCAAUAAGCCCAGAGGGUUUGCUCACAGUGAGUUUGUGACAUCAUGGUGGAUGAGACAAUUGUGACAUCGUGGUGGAUGAGACAAUUGUGACAUCAUGGUGGAUGAGAGAUCAAUAAAGAGUUUAUUUCAGGGGAUUGGGGCAGUUCCUCUCACCCUGCAGAUCAAGAUGCCCUGAGGGCAAAGAGCAGAGGGGUGCUCUCUGGUGGCCCAGCAGUUCUGCCCCAGGGGAGAGGUUUCUCUUCUACUACAGCAAAAACCCACAGGACGCUGCUUCAUCCCAGAACCAAGGAUACCAGGAAGGAAGGUCAGAGUGAGGAGGUGUCUGAGUGUUUCAGAUCACACAGUGACAUACUGCUUGAUGGCUUCAGAAAUCCUUCAUGAGCUGGGAGACAGCCCCAGAGGUGACAGUUUCUACAAGAGCAGUCUGAAAUGCCACCUCCCAAGAAACCUCCAUGCAUCUUCCCAAGCAGAAUGAGUCACCCCUUCUUCUGCCCUUUCAUAGCCCCAACCAUCUCGAGGACAACACAUCAGCAGCAGCAGCCAUGUGGAUGUUUGUUUCUGUACCUGGAUUCUAAGUGCCUGGAGGACUGGACAUAUCUGGUUUCUAAGUUCCAGGAGGACUGGACACAUCCAUCACCCACGUGUAAACCCAGCACCUAGCACAGUGCCUGCCAUCCGAUAGGGUUUAAGACGCAUGGGAGGAAUCUAAUCAUCAGACUACCAAAGGGCUGCUAGAACUCAGAAAGGGAUCCCCAUCAUUUGGGGGAUGGGAUAAAGGUCUUCAUUUCUGUUAUUUCCAGCACCAACCUCCAUGGCUCCACUCAUUCCUGCUCCUUCCUCCUGCUAAGAUUGGCUGGUCAGGAGAGGGGUAGGGGCAGGAGCAGCUAUACCUGGUCUCCUCCACCACCCACGGUGGGGUGCACCCUUGGUGGGACCUGGUGAGCAUGACAGCACCUGGCCUAGGGGACCUGGAGCCUCCACAGCCCCACAGAGAGCAAGAGGAGCUGUUCAGCCACUUGCAGAGACAGAGAGUGCUUCAAGGACUACGUGGAGCUCUGGAGAAGCAGGGAAUUCAGGGCCCUCUUUUGUGAGGCAUGAGAAAUUUAGGCAGGAUCACGUCUACAAAAGAGGCUGUCACUUUGGCUUAUCAAUAUUUUCACCUCAUUACCCCUUCCAGAUCAGAGUGGGUGCUUUAUUUGUUUUUAUGGAUUAUUGUGUCAACCAAAACGAGAGUUCAGAGUCACUCUAAAGAUUUGAAACUCCUUCAAGAUUUGAUGAAUGUGCAUUUUGAUGCCACAUCUAUUUUUAGAAAGCUGUGGCUGAAUAAAGCAUUUUAUUGUAUAGCAUUACCCAAGUUACUUAUAUGGAAUUUUAAUCUACAUAAUGUCAUACAACCAUGUGAAAAGUAAAAACUAAAAAGCCAUAACUUUUUGGGCCAGAAGUGGUGACUCAUGCCUGUAAUCCCAGAACUUUGGAAGGCCAAUGUUGAGGCUAGGAGUUGGAGAUCAGCCAUGGCAAGUAACAUGGUGAGACCCUGUCUCUACAGAAAAUUUAAAAAAUUGACCAGGUGUAGUAGCAUGUGACUGUAGUCCCAGCUCCUCAGGAGGCUAAGGUAGGAAGAUCACUUGAGCCUGGGUGACAGUGUGAGAGCCUGUCUCAAAGAAAACAACAACAAUUGCAGCAGAAACAACAACCAAAAAAUAUAAACCCAAGUAAACUAAAUUGACAGAAGAAUUGUGGGACCCAAAUGACCAAAUAAUGUGAUUUUUCACUUUUGAUGAAUUAAAGGGUAUGCUGAGUGUCAGUAUUCCCAGAAUGUUCCAUCUCAUGAAAUAUGAUUUCCUCUGGCGAACCCACUCCCUAGUCCAGGUCCUCUGAGAAGCAGGUUCCUACAUGGGAUUCACAUGAGGGGAUUUCACUGGUGCAAACCCUGGGAGAACCGUUCAGUAGGAGGCAAUUCUGACCCCAAGUGCAGGAGGGAGGGAUAGGAGGUGGGGCAGGUGCCUCCUACACUACAGUGAAUGGUGCUGGGACAACUGGAUGCUGCAUGCAGAAGAAUGAGGCUGACCCCUUCCUUACAGCACACACAAAAACUAGUUCUAGAUGAAUGGCAGAUGUUCACCUAAGACAUGAAACUAUGAAAGUCUCAGAAGAAAGCAGAGCAGUAAAUUUUUGUGACCCCGGAUUUGGCUAAUGCUUCUUAAGUACUGUAUGCCAGUAGCAUAAAUGACAAAAUAAAAGGUAGUUUAAUUUCAUUUCAUGCAAAUGUAAAACUUUUGUGCUUCAAAAAGGACUCCAUUUAGGUUAAAAAAAUCCUUAUAGAAUGAGAGAAAGCAUUUGAAAAUCGUAUAUCUAGUAAGGGACUGGUAUCCUGAAUACAUAAAGAACUCUUGCAACCCAACAUUAUAAAGCAAAAUAACCCAAUUUAAAUAUAUGCAAAGAAUUCAAAAAGAUGUUUCUCCAAAGUGAGACAGGUAUAAUACAGUGUGGUCACAAAAGAAGAAAUAACUUUAGGCAGCAGUUUCAGGUGACUAGCAAAAGGAAUCUGUUGAAAUAUCUGCAGAGGCUAUGGGCUGAUAAGACCCUAAAAGACAGGGUAUGGACCAGGCUGGCUAAGAAUGAGUGGACCCAACAUGGCCCUGAGUUUGGCCUCGGUUUCACCUAGGACCCUAUUAUACACUAAUUGACAUACUAAACGCACACACACCAGCGUCUUGGCAAUUCUGAGAACACCAAUAUUUGGUGUAAAAAUGGGUGGCACCACAGUUCUGAGCAGUCUCCACCUUCUUUUAGGAAUUUUCAUGAAUAUUCCACCCCUUGUUAAAGAAACCCAGAAAGGUGGCAGCCCUAAACCCCCUUGCACCUGCCUCUCUCUUGAGUUCCCCUGCAUUCCCUUUACAUGAGUGUGUACUUUUCCUUUUACAAAAAAAUCUCCGUCCUUUCUCUAUUUUCCUACUGGUCCUAGAAUUCAUUUCCCCAGGCGGUGUCAAGAGCCCGACACCGGCUGGGGUCGAGGUCUCAUCAGAGUUUGGGGACCACCGGUUGCCCACUGGCAUCAGAAGAAGAAUGCAAAUGGCAGUGAGCCCAGGAAAAGGUGCUCAGUGUCCACAGCCCUCAGGGAAAUGCCAACCUCACCCACAAGGGGACGCCUCACCCCACUGGAAUGGGUGACCCCAAACACUGUGAGGCUGGAGGGGGUGGGGCCUGCGUUCCUUACAAGGCAGAGAGCAGGAGACGGAGAGUUGGUGGAGUGUAGGGGGCUGUUCCUGUGUCAUCCUCUUCCCGUUUUCCUGGCGGAGGUUUCUCUUUGUUCUCUGGCCCUCCCUGCUUCCUUCCUCUCCCUUUCUCUGGUUCUCCCUCCCAUCCUUCAUUUCCAACCAUCCCAAGGUUUUCUCUGCCUCACGACGUCCAUGCUCGGGGCCCCCAGCCCAGUGGAGAAACCAGGAGCCCUGGACCGCUAGCGGCGGGGUCGGGGAGGCGACAACGGGAAGCCCCUGUUGGAUCCUGGGCACUCAGGACCUAGUGCGCCAUGGGCGCCCUCCUGCAGCAGCCGCAGGGCAAGGAGGAUGGGGGUCCUCGUGGGGGCCACACUGUCGGAUCCCCAGGGAUCCGAGCGGGACUGUGACGUCUCCACACUGAGCCGGUGGCAAAGUCGCCGCGAGGAUGAAGGAGGAACCUCGUGCUCUUCACCCCACCAGGCCCCGCAUUUCCUGUCUCCUGCCACGGUUCCUUGUCGCGACCGGCGAGUCCUCCCAGGUCUUCGAAAGGCCGUUUUGUCCGGAGGCUGUGGACCCGGAGGCCCGGGAGCAUCGGCGGGCAGCGUGGCACCCACUCCGCGGUCUCAACCGGGCAGGACCCGGGUCCGGAGCUCGGGCGAAGCGGGCGUCCUAGGAGGAGCGUGCAGAACCCGGAGAGGACGCAGCAGGGUGAAAACUGAAACCGCAUAUGCGAACUGUCUCCGAAAGUCAUCUGUGGUUGAAAUCAGAAAUCACCUAUAAUAUCCCCUUUGUGGCAACACCGUUGGGUAAAUAUCUAGAACCAGUGCCUCGUCACUGCAGCAGACCCGCACGCAGCUGCCCGGGUUCCCCUCCCCGGACCCUAGUGGCCCCCAACAGAUCAGGCGAGCCCACCGUGUGACCGUCCCUGGGACUCUCGGCCCCACUCUUCCUUACUACUUCACCUCCACAUUUUCACCUGUUUCAGAAUCAAAACCCUGAAAAGUCAUGUGUGAAAGGCUCCCCCGCCCCUGCCUGCGUCCACUCUCAUUGGCCACACGCCAGGGAGGAAAGUUUAUUUGAUUCUUCUCAUCUUUCCAGGGAGUCUUUAUGCCGUUUCAAACGAAUAUAAAUACAUAUUCUCAAUUCAGACGCGGAUAUUUUUGACCCUUGAUGAACCCUGUCACCCUGUCCUUCAGGAAGCCUGUACCAGUUUCCCCUCCCUCUACGGUGGAUGUUUCACCAUCCUCUGCCCAAGCUGGGUCAUCACAAUCACAGACAAGAGUGUCGCCAGCAUUGCCAUCCCGUGACAUGAGACGCUUUGAAGGAAAAAUCGAUAUACUUGAAAAGCCAUGGUGGCAGGAAUUGGUCAUCACCCACCAGGAUUCUACACUGCCCUACAGGUGAUCCCAACUGAGGUUGCCAGAGGAACAGGAUGUGGAAUGCAGUCGCGUUUCAGAGAGGAACCUAAAGUCAGAAUGGACCAGGGGUCUUGCCCUGACCUCUGCCUCUUCACCCAACCCCCACCUGGUCAGGCAGUGACCCUGGAGGGGCUGGGAUGAUGCUGGGAGGGCCGUGAAAUGGGGAGCCAAUGGUGGGAGCAUGGUGAACAUGGAGAGCUCAGACCCCACACCAUCUGGGGAGGUGCUCAUGUGAUGCUGGGAGCACUAGGAAAGCAGGGAGCCUGGACACAGCACUCACUGCUCCUCCCAUCUGGGACAGGAUUGGGGUGGGUGAUGAGAAAAGUUUCCCGAGUAACACAGUUCCCAAUCCUGGCAGAAUGACUCACCCCAGUUGCACUCACAGCCGAGACCCACUCAGCCCCUGGACCAAUCUAACACAGGGCAUGGUAAAUCCAGGAGUGAAUACUACUGAGGCAUCUGCCAGGGCAUAGGAAACAGUAACAAGAGGACGGCUCAGCUAGUGGCUCAGACUAUCUUGCCCCACACUCUCCAAUAUUGAGAGCCUUGAGCCCAGGAGGUUGAGGAUUCAGUGAAUUAUGAUCGUGCCACUGCACUCCAGACUGGUGACAGAGUAAGAGUCUGUCACACAUGCUCACACACACAAAUUAAAUUGUGUGAGCAGUUGUCACACAGGGAGAUCUGGAUGCACUCACUGUGGACCCAGGUCUCAGGGAGCAGGAGGGUGUUCUGUAUUGUGGGAACAUGAGGGACACACAUGGGACGGGGCAUUUGUGCCUAGCUUUGAAGGGUGGCUGGCCCUUUGCCCAGGGGGAAGAGGCCAGCAGAAUGCACUAACAGUGGGGAACCACCAGGAACUUUCACUUGAACCUGCUCUGCUGAGCCCCCUGUGCCAUCCGUGGACCUGGGCGAGGGAGGCUGCCGAACUGGGAGCUCAGGGCCCAUCUCUCUGAGGAGCUUUCUAAAUCAGCAAGUGUGUCACAGGUUGAGAUUUUAGGAACGGGGUCCUCCAUGUUAUCCUCGAUUUUAAUAAGUAGACUCUUUUGGCCAAUCUGCAUUGGGCAGAGGAGGAACAAGACAUAAUUUUUAAUAUAUAUUUUUAAAGCUGUUUAAUUUUGGUAAAAACAUAGAAGAUAAAAUUUACCAUCUUGACCAGUUGUUUAGUGUACAAUAUGUUGUUUUAAACCUCUGGAACCCUGCCCGCUGCUCCUGUAAUAAAACCUAGCCCGGGCCAGGCGCGGUGGCUAAAGCCUAUAAUCCCAGCACUUUGGGAGGCCGAGAUGGGUGGAUCACCUAAGGUCAUGAGUUUGAGACCAGCCUGGCCAACAAGAUGAAACCCCAUCUCUACCAAAAAUACAAACAAUUCGCCGGGCCUGGUGGAGGGCGUCUGUAAUCCCAGCUACUCCGGAAGCUGAGGCCAGAGAAUCCCUUGAACCCGGGAAGCGGCGAUUGCGGUGAGCCGAGAUCACGCCACUGCACUCCAGCCUGGGCAACAAGAGCGAAACUCCGUCUCUAAAUAAAUAAAUGAAUAAUAAAACCUAGCCCGGACUGUAAUCACGUCCACUGGGAACUGGGGAAGUAGUGGCGGGGACGCGAUCAGUCCCGUUGCUGCGCCCAGAGCAUGAUGAGCCAGGGAACUCGCGGCGCAGGAGGAGGGAGGGAGAGUGUCGCGGACCCAGGCAGGGACAGGGAGACGCCGCCGCCUCUGAAUAUUCCUCUGCAAGUUUCUUCACCUUCAAUAAAAAAAGUUGUGAUGAUUAAAUGAGUCUGUCGUGGAAGGAACCGUGUCCUGGCAGGAGCCGGGCUGACACCCAGACACCAACCCGAAGGGGGCUGGGACAAAGGGGAGGGACGCCCGGAAAGGGGAGGGACACCGUCAGGGCAGCCAAUCAUAUUUCUAGCCGCGUGACGCGAUGACAGCGGGAAACGUGGGGCGCGCCCAUACAUAGGGAGGCUUUAAAACCUUGAGGUGAUUCAUCUUCCAGGCUCUCCUUCCAUCAAGUCUCUCCUCCCUAGCUCUCUGGGUCCCCAAUGGCAGCAGCCGCCGCUACCAAGAUCCUUCUGUGCCUCCCGCUUCUGCUCCUGCUGUCCGGCUGGUCCCGGGCUGGGCGAGCCGACCCUCACUCUCUUUGCUGUGACAUCACCAUCAUCCCUAAAUUCAGACCAGGACCACGGUGGUGUGCGGUUCAAGGCCAGGUGGAUAAAAAGACUUUUCUUCACUAUGACUGUGGCAACAAGACAGUCACACCCGUCAGUCCCCUGGGGAAUAAACUAAAUGUCACAAAGGCCUGGAAAGCACAGAACCCAGUACUGAGAGAGGUGGUGGACAUACUUACAGAGCAACUGCUUGACAUUCAGCUGGAGAAUUACAUACCCGAGGAACCCCUCACCCUGCAGGCCAGGAUGUCUUGUGAGCAGAAAGCCGAAGGACACAGCAGUGGAUCUUGGCAGUUCAGUUUCGAUGGACAGAUCUUCCUCCUCUUUGACUCAGAGAAGAGAAUGUGGACAACGGUUCAUCCUGGAGCCAGAAAGAUGAAAGAAAAGUGGGAGAAUGACAAGGAUAUGACCAUGUCCUUCCAUUACAUCUCAAUGGGAGACUGCACAAGAUGGCUUGAGGACUUCUUGAUGGGCAUGGACAGCACCCUGGAGCCAAGUGCAGGGGCACCACUCGCCAUGCCCUCAGGCACAACCCAACUCAGGGCCACAGCCACCACCCUCAUCCUCUGCUGCCUCCUCAUCAUCCUCCCCUGCUUCAUCCUCCCUGGCAUCUGAGGACAGUCCUUUAGAGUGACAGGUACUGUGGGCAGAAUUGGAAGUGGAGCAAGGAGCAGGUGGGUGAGGAGGCAGGAUGGGGAAAGAGAAUUCCCGGAGUCCCACCCCUCCCCGUGGCUGGGACCUUCUCAUCCUAACAUGAGACAGGUGAAUGAGACCUUGUGUCGCCUGUUGGCAAUGUUGGCAAUGACCUGGGCAGCUCAGCCCUGAAUUCUGGUGGAUUCUCACCUUCAGAGUCCAGAGGGAAAGGGAGGGGCCCAUACCAAGUCUCAGUGUCAUUGAGCUUGAGAGGGUUUAGCAAGUUCAGGCCUGAUGCAGAGCAGGUUUCUGUUUAGGAAGGGUGUGUGGCCUGCAGGCUGCAGGAAUUCAGACAUGGGCAAUCCUCUUAAUUGGGUUAGGUGCAUCAUGGUAGCUUUACAUGAGGUGUGACAGGGGAAGGGUGAUUCCAUCUCUGAGGCUAAGAGAGAUCUGGGUGUAAUCCCAGGAGGAGGGGGCUGGGAGAGCCUUGGUACACCUAAUUGAAAAGGAGGGAGUGCAGGGCUGCCUUCCCACAGAAAGUGGCUUGGGUUCCAGGAAAUAAGGUGGAAGGUGAAGAGUACAGGCUGCUCAAGAGAAGGAUUUUUAAAAAGUCAGUCCCAUGGACACGUGCAGCUCGAGUCUGGGCCCUGAGGCAGCUCCCCUGCCAUCAUCCUCCUGCACACCCCGGAUCCUGAGCCCACUGAUGGCCCUGCCUGGAGCAGAGUGGACUCAGAGGAAGGGGGGUCUGAGCUGCUGCUGGGGUUCCACCGGCACCACUGGGCUGGACAAGGAAUUGAUAAGGUGGAACAGGGACAGUCACCUUCAGAGCAAUGGGUGCUGCUCCCAGUGUGAGGAGAGGCUCAAGAAGAAGGGGGAAGAAGGAUGUUUGCCUGCAGGCCCACCCAAAGCCAAGGGCACAGGAAUAUGGAGCCCUCUUUUUGGAAGUCUGCCCCACCCCUUGCCUGUUUUAGGCCCUCACAUCAGAUGAUAAAGAGGGCCUUGAGUAAGGGGGCGGACCCAUCACUACUAGCUUCAGACCUGUGGGCCCCUCCACUCUAUCCCCUGGUCAGGUGCAGGGCCUGGGCUGACUCUGUGAUGUGACAGAGGAGGAAAGAGGUUAGUCCAAGCUGCAGUCACCAGGAUUGGGGCUCAAGGGAAAAAUAGGUUUUUUAGUGCAGGGGGCUCUGAGACAUGGAGUGACUAGGGAAAGAUUACCCUGGAAAAGUGAUCCGGGUUCUCCGCCCCUUAAACCAACAUUUGUGUCCUUUCUGAAGGUUAAAGAUGUUACCAAAAAGCCCCUGUGAGCACGGUUCGAUCAAACUCACCCUUCUGGCUGGCCACCUGCCCACCACCUACGGUGUAUGGCCAGCGGCCUCCAGCAGAUCAUGAUGACAUCAUGGACCCAAUAGCUCAUUCACUGCCUUGAUUCCUUUUGCCAACAAUUUUACCAGCAGUUAUACCUAACAUAUUAUGCAAUUUUCUCUUGGUGCUACCUGAUGGAAUUCCUGCACUUAAAGUUCUGGCUGACUAAACAAGAUAUAUCAUUCUCUUUCUUCUCUUUUUGUUUGGAAAGUCAAGUACUUCUUUGAAUGAUGAUCUCUUUCUUGCAAAUGAUAUCGUCAGUAAAAUAAUCACGUUAGACUUCAGACCUCUGGGGAUUCUUUCCGUGUCCUGAAAGAGAAUUUUUAAAUUAUUUAAUAAGAAAAAAUUUAUAUUAAUGAUUGUUUCCUUUAGUAAUUUAUUGUUCUGUACUGAUAUUUAAAUAAAGAGUUAUAUUUCCCAAAAACCU